CCACCCUUCUGUGGCCUCUUGUCCCGCCCCCUCUCCUUUCUCCCCGGGUGCCUCCGUCAGCCGCUCCGCUCUCGUCGCAGCCAUUUUACGGCGGAGCGUCAGCGCGGCGGCGACCGGAGGAUGCCAAGACAUCGCGGUUAAGAGGUAAUUCCGCCUCGGGCCCGCUCAUUUCCCCGUCGUUUGCUCGACCUUCACGUGUCCCGCUGGCUCCGUCAGCCGUAGCGAGCGUCAGGACGGGGUUCAGCUGACGGGGGCUGAUUGCCCGGCCGGAGCCACACCACCGUCGCGGCCGCUCGCCACGGAGGAAAGCUUGACGCCCGCAAGUCCGUAGAACAGAAAAGGGACGCCCUUUGCCCAAGCUGGCAAAGUUUUUUUUUUUUUUUUUUUUUUUGGCGAGGCUGUCGGCGCGGAGCGGGAUUUCUUCAAUGGCUGAUGCAGUACAAAGUCCUGCGGUCGGCCGGCCGCUGGAAUUUGCCAACGAGGAGCAGCGGGCGGUUCACUCCUGGUCCAGGAUUGCAUCGGCUGGGCAUAAUGUCCUCCUGGAGGCAGUGAAGAUCCUCAGCCCCAUGUCCCGGGAUCUCUCCCACACUGAAGAGCUGGUCACCUUCUUGCAGGAGCUGAGCGAGGAGGGGCACAAGCCCACCGUGCUGCGAAGCAAGGAUGUGUACAGGUACCGCUCAUCCACAAACCAGCCCCUGACUGAGGACAUGCUCAAGCCGCCUAGUCGGAAUGUCAGACCGACGGCCAAGAAGCGGCGAAGGGUUCGUGUUAAGAAAAGAGAGGUACACCCUUCCUGGAACGUCUUGCGAAAGGGAAGCCCCAGAAUCCAUGGGGUUCGACCCCCUGAGUUACUGAUGGACCACCAUGCCAUUGUCUACAGUAAGACACCCAUUCGGACUUCGGAGAACUCGGAGGCACCUCCGGUGCAGUCGUGCCUCAGACUGACCAAUAUCAAAGGUCUGUCUGGUUGCCACACAGCCAGACUCCAGAUCCAAACCACAUGGGACUUGCCUUGUAAGACGCCCCCAACUGUCUUUUCGCGGAAGCAGCCCCCUCCAGCACUUUCAGGAAUACCGUUGCAGCCUUCCCAGAAUGGUGGUGGGGCGCCCACCAGAGCUGUGGCCUUGUUCAGCCAGAAGAGCCUGUCAUGCCCCAUCCGACUGGAUGGUGCCCUAAUUGGUGACUCUGCACCGGUAUUCCACGCCAACGGCCGAGCUUUCCCACAGACUCACACGGAGCUCACCAGCAACGGCUGGGGGGGCAACGGCCUCCGGCAGAACGGACUAGGUCCGAAAGAACUGACUCAUCCAUCCCGCCAGAGAAACCGCUGGCGAGACAAGAAGCGCUUACGGUCGAAGGUGGUGAAGGUGGACGACUCGCGGUCAGUGGAUGAAGCUCGAUGGAAAGCGCAGAAAAUCCUGCAGGUCAACCUUUCUCCUGUGAUCCAGAUCCGCCCACUCAACCACGUGCUGAGAGACUUACGAUACCAGAACUGAAACCCAGACAGCCCAUCCGAGCAUACGUAUUGUUUUAUUAGUUAGUGUCUUACAUCUAUCCUUUUUACCCAGAUACCUGUAUGCAGCAGAAUUGUUUCAUGGGUUUUUCGUUUUUUGGCAUUUGAGGUUGGGCAGGUCGCCCUGAAAGUUGGGAUUCCUCCAAAGGCGUUAGAAGUAGGGAGUGGCUUUUCCUAGCGGGCUGGGAAAUUACUUUCCGCUGAAUGCUGCCAGAGUUUCUCCCGCUGCAUAAUUCUGUAUUCCCGAGAGAGUUUUCACUUUUCCAUUUUUCAUGGUCUUUAUACUUUUAAAACACCAUUAUCUCCAUAGUAUUGCCAUGAAGAAUCCCACAAUUUGGUUCAAGGAUGGAAGUUGACACUGUGCUGACGUAACAAAUUGAGAACAAAGAGGUUGUGGCAGGUCUCCCAAUAAAGCAAGUAUACUAAAUCCAAGGAAAAUGUGAGUUGGUCUUCCUUUUUUUUUUUUUUUUUUUUUUUGCCAUUGCUCGGCGCUAAAGGAAAGCAUCGAGAUCGAUUUGAGCAGUGCUCUCCUGGCUGAGCGGAUUGAAGUGUUGUCCUUCACAAAGUGUUCCUUUAAACAGACACUUGAGGUAGUAUUUCAGACUGGACGGUAGUAGAAUCCGUGUGUCAUCUAUUGCAGCAAAGAACUGCAGAUGUGGAAAGCCAGGGUUUGAUUGUCAACAGCAUUGUUUUGUGAAAAACCUGAGCUGGGAACUGUCACAGUAAGGCAUAAAUUUGAAAGACGCGACUGUAGCACAUCCUCUCCUACUUUCCCAAAUUUUUGUACUCCACGACAAAAGUAUUUGGAUGGAAGUUUGAACAAAAUUGCACUUAGACUUGUGAUCUUGUUCCCAUUUUUGACGGUGCUUCUUGUUCGACAAUGGUGAUCUGAAACAUUCACAAGCAGAAACUCCCCAAUUAAACCAAACAGUUUCAAGAGUCCAAAAUUAAAAAAAAUAAAAUAAAUUAUCAUUUCAGUAAAAUUGUAAUACAAUUGUUGGUAUUUUUAAGAUGUUGGCCUACAGGAAUGUCACAUGCUUCUAAUAGAACAACACUUCAAACCUCCAAAAAUGCUGUUGGUUAUUGCACAUUUAAAACUGGAGGUGCGGAAGCUAUUGAAAAUGUUUGGAAAUUUUUAAAAAAUCUUUAUGCUAUAAUUUAUCAGAUGUAAAGUUUCUUGCUGUCCGGACCGAUAUAACAGCAUUUUCUGUUUUUGUUUUUUAAUUCCCAUGAAAGUCGGCAGAGUUUUGUGUUGUGUAAGGGUCUGUUUUGCGCAGCUCGCACAAAAUUCUAUUGUUCUUUUUUUAUCUUUGUUCAUCUUGUUUGUGAAAAAUGUAAAAAAAAAUUUCCUACGUGAGCUUUGAAAGUUUUUGUUCAAUAAAAAUUCUGAAAACC